AUGAGUUGUGCAACGGCUGGGGGGAUCCUGCUCGGGGCGGCGGGUGCCUUCAUUAUCGUACUGGCAGGCUACGUCCUCGGGCGCGCCGUGUACAACAUCUUCUUCCACCCACUGAGGCACUUCUCGGGCCCGAUGUGGACGGUUGCCUCCGACUUCUCUAAGCUUUGGAUCCUACGGACCAAGCAACAGCACAGGUUGGGCAUGGCGGCUCACGCACGCUACGGGCCCGUUGUGCGGGUGGCGCCCAACCUCCUAGCCGUUAGCGACGCCCGGCUCCUCCCACAAAUCUACCAUCGCCGGGCUGAGAAGACGGACAUCUUCACCCAGGCGAUUCUGGGCGACCUGGCACCGCCGCUCGAGGUGCGAGACUGGCGGGAGCAUAGCACGAGACGCAAGCGGGUGGCGAGCACCUUCUUCCAGACCAACGUCCGCAAGCUGGAGAGCGACAUUGACAGAUGCGUGCUCGAGUGGACGGCGGCGCUGGACAGGCGCUUCGCAGACACAGGCGACAGGCUCGACUUCGCCAACUGGUCUCAGUGGUUUGCCUACGACACCAUCUGCACCCUGACACUGGGGAAAGCCUUGGGCUUCGUCGCCGAGGGCUGCGAUGUGGCCGGUCUGCUCAAGAACUUCCACGCCAUGGCCCCUUAUGCCGCACUCGUCUACGCGCUCCCGUGGCUCUGCGCACCUGUGCUGAAGAGUGCCUUUCUGAGGAAGCUCGUACUCCCUUCCAGACUGGGAGACAAGGAGGCGACGGAGAGACUCAUGGCGUUUCGCGAUUCCCUCGUGCAGGAAAAGCGUGCCGGUCGUGCCAGGGUGGAGAAGCUUAGUAAGGAGCAGGGUGUCACGGGUGCCACGGGUGUCAACAACAUCCUCGCUGCCAAACGAGAAGACGGAAGCGCCAUUGAGCUCGAGGAGACGGGCCCCAACUCGUUCGUGCUCAUGGUGCUGGCAUCUGACACCACCGCCGCCUUCAUCUGCGGCUUCGUUCAGCAUGUGCUGGCCCGCCCCGGCGUGCACGCUCGCCUGCUCGCUGAGAUCCAAGACUUUGAGCAUCGGGGCUGCUUCUCAUCGCCUGUCGCCACCUUUGACGACAUCCAGCGGAUGCCCUACUUCGUGGCCUGCUACCGCGAGGUGCUGCGAUGCCAGCCGCCCGCGUCCAUCUUGCUCUCGCGCCUCGUGGGUGACCAAGGCCUCUGGUUAAAUGGGCAGUAUGCACCCCCAGGCACCGAAGUUGGCGCCAAUCCAUACGUCGUGAACCGUGACCCCACCGUGUUUGGCGACGAUGCCGAAGAGUUUCGGCCCGAACGUUGGCUCCACGGCGAGGACCAGGCCCAGGUGAUGGAGCGGUACAUGCUGACCUGGGGAUACGGGACCCGUAUCUGUCUAGGCAAGAACAUUGCCAUGAUGGAGACAUACAAGCUGCUGCUACACUUCUUCCGUCGAUUCCGCCCGUCUAUGGCCGACGACAAGAGUGAAUGGACAGUGCAGAAUUUGGGUUUAUUUGUCCAUCGGAAAAUGUGGCUGCGCAUCGAACCCCGUCACAUGGAGACGGCAUGA